GGGUAGGGGAUGGUUUUUGAACUGUUCCAAUUUGAAAAAAGAGCUGAGAGACCUCUUCGAUAUGAUUUCGUUGAAACAUGAGCCCAUUGAGUCAAUAUGUGUGCAAUACAUGCCUAUUUCAUUAUUUAAUUAUCCUGGAUCUGCAAAAUAAACCAUUUUCGAGCAGAAGGCUCACGAGAAGAAACAAGAAGCAGAGAAUGGGUCUUUUGCUAGCUGAUCCGUUCUUCGCAAACUAUUCACUUAAGCAGAAACUGUUUGAUCUGAGAUCAGAGCUGGUGCAAGAUAACGAAGUAAUGAGUGUUCUAUCUAACCAGGUCAAACAGAACUUAGUCUACUACAACCUCUGGAGCAACGCCAAGGAGGUUCCAAUAGUGGUGAGCGACUCGAAAUGCUUUGUUUUGAAGGCUCUUCCUCCCUCAGACUUUUCCAGUUCAUCUAGUGACUCGUUGAAUUUUAAAUUCUCGAAGCUACAAGAGGCAGAAAAGGACUCUUCUGUGGGUUCUGAUGGAAGAGAAGAAUAUGAGUAUAUCUUGCCUGUUGAUAUGGACGAUAAGAUCACAAUGAAGUUCUUAGAUGAUUGCUUUGAGCAGAUAAAGAUCAGCGAGAGGAUUGCAUCCAGACCAAAUAGAAUAAUCUUGGGGAUGGUGAAUGACGAUAGCACAAUAGUCUACUAUUUUGUUCAUGAUGGCAUUGCAAAACCUAGAAAGAAUUAGUUUAUAGUAUUAUAAAAGUAUAUGAGAUAUUCUAAAGUGUUAUAAGUUAUAAAAUAUUAUAAAUGUAGAAAUGUUUGUUUGGUAUGCUUUAGCAAGAAAAAUAAAAUCAAAAAAACUAAAUACACAUAAUUGAAACCAAAAAAGAAAGCUAUAUAAAAUUUAACAGUUGAAACUGAAGUAAGGUAGAGAAGUUCACCGAAAAAUAGAAAUUAAAAAAAAAAAAAAUGAAAAAUAUAUAACAAAAUA